AUGCCCCACAAGCAUACUCGACGGCGCGAGGGCGACGAAAAGAAGUAAGACCGGUGAAACGUUCCAUUUUGCUUGGUAUUGACCGGUCUCUCUACAGUUUCGACCUUGCACCAUCACAAACCGCAAAACCGCUUCCAGCAUUUGAAAAAGCCGUCAAAAGCGGGCAGAAAGGAAAAGAUGGACGACAAAAGCAGCAGCAGCAGCAGCAGCCGACCAGCCACAAGGCGCCUACCAAUGGUUCGAAAGUGUACAGACAGGAUGACACGCCGCGGGAAUUCGCGCGCUUGAUGCAGUACCAAGAGUCGGGCGGAAAGCGGCCAUCAGGACUGGACGAUGGGGAAAAUCGAAGAUUGAAAAAGAAGAGAAGGACAGAAGGAAAAGCUGACAAGGAGGAUCAGUCCGGAAAACCGUCUGACGCCGUCAUAGAGACGGCAGAGAAACUCAGGAUUAUGCCUGGUGAGCGUUUGAGAGAUUUUGCGGCGCGGGUGAACCAGGCCCUGCCAGUAUCUGGUUUAGCUCGGAAAGGGAAACAUGUGGAAGGAGCGAAGGAACGUCAGACCAAGACGGAGAAGCGACUACACAAAAUGUACGCCGAAUGGAGGGAAGAAGAAGCCAGACGAAAAGAAAAGCUGGAAGAGUUGCAAGAACAGCAGGAGGAGGAAGACGAGGAGCAAGAAGCUGCACUUGGAGGCCAGACUGUUCAAUUUCCAAACUCCGGCCGGAAAGCCAAGCGGAAACGCAUGGUUGGCGAAGUUGAUGAAGACGACGAAGACCCGUGGGCUGUCUUGAGAUCGAAACGGGAAGCGCCAAAGGGCUUGCACGAUGUAGUGCAAGCACCACCCACAAUGAAAGUUGUGCCAAAGGAGAAGUUCAAAGUCAGCAACGGCGCGAGAAUCAACGUCGCUAACGUGCCAGGAGCUUCUGGGAGCUUGAAACGUCGGGAAGAGCUGGGGGAAGCAAGAAAGGAAGUCAUUGACCGGUACCGAGCAAUGAUGAAGGGCAGUGGAAACCCGUGACGAAUGUUCCUAUCCCUGGCGGUAGCCAAGCAGAAAGCGGUGGCUUGGACGUGGGAACAAACGCGAUGUGGCGGCCACAUGGCGAUAGGUGGUGGCUAUCACAUGGCAAGCGCCUGAAAUAGCGCACCCACACCACAACGUUCAAUGCCAGAUACACUUCAGACUCCCUAAGCAUGAGGAUGACAUGCCUGGUGUUGUGAGGAGACUACUGUGGGUGCGAGCUCUCUUAGUCUUCUUUCUAUGGCUACCUUUCGUAUUCCUGUUGACCCUGCCAGCGACGCCGCAAACAUCCUGGCUCUUCGCUUUAAGAUAGCCAAAACAAUACCCACUUUCCACCAUUUGGACUCAUGCCAUUUUUCUCUCGUAAUUUCGUGUUCUAGGUCGCAGCUCGAGCCGAUGCAUCGAACAAUCGCCUUUGACAUCGGUGCCGUCCGAACAAUACUAAGCCGACUCACAAAGGCCACCUUCACCGCGCUCCGCCACGACCAAGACUGAAGAACAAUAUUAAGAUAUGCCACGAGGCUUCUAAUUGUGGAUCUGAAUGUAUUUGGAGGCUACCUUUCGCAAUCUGCUCAAACGAAUUCUUUCUUCUCUUCAGACAAGAAUAGCCAAUAUCAGCAACCGUAAGCAACCGAAACGAUCCCACUCGAACGGCAUAAAAGCACCCAUCAACAUCUUCUCCCUCAUCAACCGACUAUCCCAAACACAGAAACCAACUACCAGACACUCAUUUUAAGUAAGAGCUGUCAAACCCGAUCAAACGCAAGCAACAGACACUAACAUACAAACCAGGCUUCCAGCUUCGAAUCCAUCAAUCAAAAUGUACUCUGAAAACGUCCUCGAGAAGCGCAUUGGCCACCCAAUCACUGGCAUGUGUGUCCUUCAGCGUAUCGGCCACCCCAUCACCGGCAUGUGCACCAUUCAGCGUAUCGGCCACCCCAUCACCGGCAUGUGCACCAUCCAGCGCAUCGGCCAUCCCAUCACCGGCAUGUGCACCGUCCAGAAGACCAUUGGCCACCCAAUCACUGGCAUGUGCUCUGCCCAGUAA